CAAAACAACACAGCGUCGACAUAGCAUUUAUGCACUGUGUUCUACGGUAUCUAUUAAACGACCAUGCAGGGUAAAUUUUAUCUUUUCAAAGUCACUCAGUGCUGUGAAUUUAUGUGAAGUGAACUGUAGUUUAAAUUUUUGUGAAGAUGCUUGUUAUUUUGUUGGGGGUUCUUUUGAGGUUAUGUGUUUCUCUUCAUUCAUAUUCUGGUAAAAACAAACCCCCAAUGUUUGGUGACUAUGAAGCACAAAGACAUUGGAUGGAAAUUACCUUAAAUUUGCCGGUAAAAGAAUGGUACAUAAACUCCACCGACAACGAUCUAAUGUAUUGGGGUCUAGACUAUCCGCCACUAACGGCCUACCACAGUUUAUUAUGUGGUCAAAUUGCAGCAUAUAUCAAUUCUAGUUAUGUGGAAUUGUUUAAGUCAAGAGGAUUUGAAUCUGAUGCUCAUAAGCAGUUCAUGAGACUAACAGUGCUUGUGUCAGAUUUGAUUACAUUCGUUCCAGCCAUUGUUUUGUUUUUCAAACUGAGUAAAAGGUUAUACACUACUUAUGGAAAAGAGUUCGGUAUGAGUCCUAAUGAAACGAUGAAAUUCUCUUGUUUAUUAGCAUUAACUUAUCCUGGACUAAUACUCAUAGAUCAUGGACAUUUUCAAUACAAUUGUGUUUCGCUUGGACUCUUUGUAUUUGCUGUCACAGCGAUCAUUGAAGAAAAACAAUUACUAGCUUCCACCUUAUUUUGUUGUGCUUUCCUGUACAAACAAAUGGAACUGUACCAUGCCUUGCCGUUCUUUUUCUAUCUUCUAGGUCAACUGUUUUUGCUGUUUAAGCAAAAAGGAAUACUCAGUGCUGGGAAGAAACUACUUUUGCUCGCAAUUGUUGUCAUAUUUACUGUGACUAUAAUCUGUCUUCCAUUUUUGACGAGCAUUGAUCAAGCAACACAGCUGUUGGUUCGUCUUUUCCCUAUAGCACGGGGGGUAUUUGAAGACAAGGUUGCUAAUUUUUGGUGCAUGAUCAACGUUAUUUAUAAAUUAAAAUCUGUUGUGUCCAACGUAUCAAUGGCCAAAAUUUGUGGAGUUUGUACUCUUGUUGCAGUUGCACCAACCUCAUUCAAUGUUUUUUGGAACUCUUCGCCUCUAAAAUUCAUCUACAGUCUAGUGAAUUCCUCACUAGCAUUUUUCCUAUUCUCGUAUCAAGUUCAUGAAAAGUCAAUUCUUCUAGUUGCUAUACCUGUUUUGCUCAUCCUUCCCUCUGAUCCUAAAACAUGCAUUUGGUUUCUGAACAUCUCUGUUUUUAGUAUGUUGCCAUUGCUGGUAAAGGACCAGUUAUUGGGUCCUUAUAUUGCUCUUACUACUUUCUUCAUUUUAUUAUUUAAUUGUUCUUCUUUUGUCAAACUUCACAAGUCAGCCGUAAAUGUCAAAAGCCCUGGUAGCGUAGUAAAAUAUAUAGUUCACUCUUCUGUUCAACAGUAUUUGUAUCUUGCAUCAAUGUGUGGUUGCUUGGUUUUGACAGUUAGCAUUUCUCUCAUCAGCGCUCCCAAGCGUUAUCCUGACAUUUUCCCCCUGCUUAUAUCUGCUUAUUCUUGUAUACAUUUCUUAGCAUUUUUUGUAUAUUUUAAUGUGAAACAGUGGACAAUUCAUGAAAUAAAAGGGAAGUGGGAGUAGACAUUGAAUUCCAACUCUAGAAGAUUUAGAAAAAAAGAAGCCAAAGAACCAAAGAUUAGGCCUGUUUAUUUACAAGUAGCCUAUGAAGGAUUAAACAAAACCUAGCAAACCUGGGCCUGCUUCUCAGCUCAACGUGGAGCUUCACGUGUGUAGAUUUACUAGAUGACAAUCAAAGGAUUAAAACACUUUGAGAAGACAUUAUUAUUGGAUUGUAUUGUAAUAAGUAAGUUACAGAUGUUAAUAGUGUAUCUAGGUUGUACUGGAGGUUGGAGCCCAUCAGGAUUAAUUUUGUAUAGAGAAUUCAAACCAAAUUAUUUAUUUCUCUUGAAAAAUAUGUUCUGUGAAAUACAUAAUUAGAUAACGGGUAAUUAGGUAGAUACAGGUUUGCAAUAAUUAAUUAGUCUUCCACUGUAAUUACAAAACAAAGGGUACUGUGCUGUUAGUUGCCGUAUAAUUCUGCGGGGAAAAUAAUGUGUGUGUAUUCUCAAAAAGUUAGUUGUUAGGAUUCAAAAAUAAUUCUAAAAACUAAUUUUUACAAUAUUUUUACGACUAAAUUCAUUUUACUACCAAUCACACUGCUGUCGGUUAAGUUAUAUUGCAAAGUUCAGCGUCAAGUGUGAAAUUGUGAGUGAUCAUUCAAAUCAAAUUAUAUUUCAGAAGAAACUAAAAAGAAAUCUUUAUAGAUAGUUAAGUAAGAAAUGUAACAAUAAAUUAAAGCUAUAGAUAGACUAUGUAAUGUAGUUAUAUUUUAACCGCUACUGUAGGGGUCAAUAUCUAAGACAAAAUAUUUUUUUAAAACAUUUUAUUGAAAGAAAUAAUAUUUAGUACCCAUUAAAAAAAAAUUAAACCGAUUUAAAUUACAAUUAAAAAAUAACUUAAUCAACUGUGAGUAGCCUGGACUCAAGAUUUUAAAGGUUGGAGCACACUUGGCAAGUCAAGCGGAAGCGAGGCGCAGCAUCGCAAAGUUUUUCCUCCUGCCUCUCCAGAGGAACCUGUCCCCGCUCCUAAGGAGACAAGAAGAUCCGAAUCAACAUGAGAAGUUCUGAAAACACUAAGAAGGUUCCGAAAAUUCAAAAUACACAAAUUUUGAACAGACCCUGUGCACACCUAGCAACCCGAGAUGCUGCGCCGGCCACACAAAAAACUUCUACUCCGAAUUCUCCAAGCGGAUUCGAGAGGAAGUUUAAACCCGUGCUUCUCUGCAAGUUGCCAAGUGUGCUUCACUUUAUAAUUUCCAUAUAUUUAACAUGUGGUUAAUAUUUUGUGGGAGCCAAAUAUUCAAAUAAUUAACUAUCUGCUGUAGGCCUACAAUAGAUAUAAAAAAUAUGAAUAACGCUGUAUAGACAUCUAAAGACAAGUUACUUAUUUGCAUUUGUCAUGUAUGAGAAUUAUAAAUUUGUCAUGAAUAAGACUUAUACAUUGUUAUACUUUUUUAGUUGUUAUUUAAUAAAUUUGUAUUUUUGUGA